AUUGCCGAUUCUCAGACUUAUGUAAAGACUUUACAUAAAUUGAAUAUUUAUAAUCCUGUAGAAAUCUUGCUGUCAGCGACUGCAGUUGAACCUUCCAAAUCAAAACUAUGUAAAAUCCUUGAAGAUAAUAUGCCAACGGCAACUAUUGUACCGAUUGGAAGAAAAUAUUUUAACGAUGCUGCUGGAUUAAAUUAUAUAAGACAAUAUAGUUUGGAAGAAGGUUCAGCUUUAAUACUUGGUUUAACUUCUAAAUACAUUGAAAGUACUCAAAACAUUUUCUUUACAAAUCAUUCCAUCCAAUUCAAGUAUAAAGGAUGUGAAGGAACGAUGAUGAUUGAUUAUGUUACGGCUCGUAAUCUUGAGCUGAUUUGUAAUAUCGUUAAUCCGCAUAGUAAUCACUCACUUUACGGUGUUCUAAACAACACUUUUACACCUAUGGGAGCUCUCAAACCAUUUCAAGAUAUUGAUCAUUUAAUCACAGCCCUGAUUCAAGUUCCUCAAAAACCAUCUGUUAAACACGCAGAACAGAGUAUAAAUAAUGUAAUAAUGCUUAAACAUACAUUGAAGUUAAUCGAAAAAUUGAAAGAGGCGUUGAGUGGAUGCAAAAAUUCUUUAUUGUGCGCAAUACAUAAGCUUCUUUCGGAUCCAAGGCUGCCAGUAUUUGAGGAACGUAUCAAUGAAGUAAUAAAUGAAGACAUUACGUAUCAAAAAAGUUCGCUUGGACUAAGAAAUCAACGUUGCUAUGCUGUUAAGGCGGGGUUCAACGGGUUAUUAGAUGUUGCUCGACAAACUUACAAAGAAACCGUUAAUGACAUAUACGAAAAGGUGGAACAAUAUAAUAAACAAUAUGAUAUUCCAUUGAAAAUACAAUUCAGCCCAACAACAGGAUUUUAUUUAUCUACUUCAGCUGAUAAUUUAGCAGAACGUCAACUCCCUCUUGUGUUUAUAAAUGUUAGCAAGAAAAAGAAAGCCUUUACUUUUACCACAUUAGAAUUGAUGAAAAAGAAUACUAAAAUUAAUGACUCACUAACUGAAGUUUAUUUGAUGUCGGACAAAACGAUCGAAGAUCUGAUUUUAGAAAUACGUGGUAGCAUUGUUGUUCUUUAUAAAGCAUCCGAAUCAAUUGCUAUGUUGGAUAUGUUAACAUGUUUUGCCCAUCAAUGCACUGUUUCGAGCUAUGUUCGUCCUGAAUUUACAGAUACGUUAGCUAUUAAAGAUGGAAGACAUCCAAUGCGUGAAUUUCUCUACACUGAUCAUUUUGUUCCUAAUGACACAUACGCGAGUGAUGCCACGAAUUUUCAAUUAAUAACUGGACCGAAUAUGAGUGGAAAGAGCACUUAUUUGAGACAGAUUGCCUUGAUGA